AUGAAGUGUCUGCUUUUAGGUAAUGCACGGGAAGUGGAUUCUCUAGAAGAGGUGCUAAGAAUGGCAAACGUCGUAGGGAUUCUCCAUGUGACAGCCACGCAACCUACCAACAACAAAAGUACAUAUGAGGUGAUCGCAUUGAUGAAGGACUGUGCUCUAAUGGUCAAAAAUGCCGCAGCACGGUCAUUAGUUUUGAUUGAUACUGCUAAGCAGACUGCCGAGAUCGGCAAGAUUGCUGACAUAGUUGAGGAUGUUUUUGCAAGGAACGGCUACGAACGACAAGUCAUACGAUACGUCUCUGCGUGGCUUGCCGAACGUGAUCCUUACCCGCGACGCCAGAGGCAGCAUGGAAGAGGCAAGGGCAACAUUGCAGUGGAAGUGGCCAGCUCUACGAUGACGUCUACUGACACGGCAGUUCGAUAUGCGGCUAUCCAUCCACAACAACUCGAUCCGUGUACUCACAUGCAUUAUGAUGCACCUGGUGUGCUGAGCAAGAUCCACUUGGUGCUGCCCGUGUCUGGCAAUGACGUGACGUUGCAGUACCUGCAGUUGGAUCGUCGCACGGCUUUAUUGCACUGUAAGUAG